AUGCUAUCUCAAAAUGAAAUAGAAUCAUCAUUCUUAUUUUCUGGAAAAAAAUUUGGUACAUGGGAUGAAUGCAAGUUUUUCCUCAAUAAAUGGGAAAAUAGAGUUCUUCAUCGAAGAACUUAUUUAUAUGAUUAUGGAGAGUUUUAUAAAUCAAAUACUGAAAAAGAUACAGUUACUAAAAAGAUGCAAUGUUCUUAUCUUGUCAAUGCCUCAUGUCCUAAAUUUAACAAUAUAGAACAUUCCAUAUUUAUUAACAAAAUAGUUGAUACUUAUAAUCAUUUAUUGAACAAAAGCAGAAUUAUGUUCAAAGAUAAAAAACAAUUUACUGCUGAAAUGCUGGCAAAUGUAAAAUUUAUGACUAAAAAUUGCAAAUUUGGAGCAACUGUACAAAGAAAGUUCCUAGAAAGCAAGUAUCCAACAUGA